AUGAAUAUCCGUUGCGCAAAACCCGAGGACUUGAUGAACAUGCAGCACUGUAAUUUGCUGUGCCUGCCGGAAAACUAUCAAAUGAAGUACUAUUUCUACCACGGACUAACGUGGCCACAACUCAGCUACGUGGCAGAGGAUGACAAGGGCAACAUCGUGGGGUACGUUUUAGCCAAAAUGGAAGAGCCCGAACCUGGUGAGGAGAGCACACAUGGUCAUAUUACUUCGUUAGCGGUGAAGCGGUCUUACCGUCGGUUGGGAUUGGCUCAAAAACUUAUGAACCAGGCGUCCCAAGCCAUGGUGGAAUGCUUCAAUGCGCAAUAUGUGUCGCUGCAUGUUCGGAAAUCAAAUCGAGCCGCUUUGAAUCUAUACACCAACUCGCUUGGGUUCCGGAUUCUGGAAAUCGAACCAAAAUAUUACGCGGACGGGGAGGAUGCCUACUCGAUGCGACGCGAUCUGGCGGAGUUGUCUAAAUUAUUUGGUGCCGGGAGAGAAUUGCCAUCCGAUAAUAGCGACGGAUUGAUAACGAACCAUAAGGGUGGAAGCCAUGCCCAUGCUGGGCAUGAUGGACACUGCUGUUGAACUGCCGAAAACAAUAACUCUUUCUUUUAAUUACGAUAGAAGCAGUCAUGUAACAGUAAAAGUAAAAACUAAUAUAAGCCAAAUCGCAGGUUUGAAUGGGA